CCAUCUCCUACCAUCUCCACAAACAGCUACUCUCCUACCAUCUCCUGCCACCUCCUACCAUCUCCCACCAUCUCCACAAACGGCCAUUCCUUCUCGAACCAUGGAUUCCUCACGAGCGGCUCAGCUCGCACCCCUCAACGAAGCCAUCGACGCGCUUAGUGCCGACCAGCUGCGCUAUGUUGUACGCAAACUAUGCGCCAAAUCGGAGACAAUCAGCAAGUACCUCGGCAAGAAGCUACUCCCAAAUGAAUCGGAGACAGUCCCAGAGGAAUCGGAGACAGUCAGCAAGUACUUCAGCAAGAAGACGCCGGUCCCAAAGGCCCUGGGUACGAUAGACUUGACAAACGACGACGAGGACGAGGCGUCUGCGGAGGAAGCCGCACCGCCGAGAAAGAAGCAGAAGCAUGUGCAGCCGCGCUACGAAACGUGCGAGCAAUGCAAGGAGGAGUACGAUGUUGAGGACAAUGGUCCUACAAGCUGUGUGUGGCAUUAUGGGGAUAGCAAAGUUGACUAUGAAGGCGACUUCUGGGGAGGAUGAGGGUUGCCGUUGGGUUGAUUCUGACUGGGCGCGGGAAGAACAUCCCGGAGGCUUCAUCUGGGACUGCUGUCAGCAAAUAGGCGCGGAUACCCCGGGGUGUCAGACAGGACACCAUGUACCCAAGCCUAGAAAGUAGGCCAAGGACCCAACGAGUUCUCCUCAAAAAAAGCAAUGGGAGUAAUGACGGGGAGGGCGGCAGGAGCUGGCAAAUGGUGUGAUAUGGAUGAUUACAGACAGCAGCAAAAUGGGAACGUCAGCAAGUGUGCAAAUACGAGUGUGCCUUGUAUUUACGCACGUUAACCAUAAUGCUAUUGAUUCAUCCCUCAUUGUGCCUUUUUCGUAAGCUAUGGGCUGUUGCUUGUAUAUUUUGCUGGACGGAACAUUAAACGCUAAAACCUGGCAAGGGAAUACGAAUUUCGUUUUU